GCGGGCGAGCGAGCGAGCGAGCGACACCAGUGUACGGUCUAGAAUACACAUGUGGCAAAAUACGCUGGUUUUGACAGAACAGAGGCUGGCAUCUGCGCACCACUUCACCACGUAGGGACUCAACAAAUAAUUAUUCUUCAGAAGAUAAUUCUCUAGUUUCGUAGAACAUUUGCAAGAGUGAGCCUUCCUACAGACUGAGAAUGACCUAGAAGCCACCACUGCUGAGCCCAGCAGAGCAGGAUAUCAUUCUUGUGUGUAAGCAACAAGGUGUGUGACAGAAAACAGGGCUCCAGCUGCACCCGGGUCAACCUGUCAAACAUGGAGGGCCACGUCACACUGUUGCCUCCCCUGCUGCUGCUCCUCUGUAGCCUGUCAGGGGUGUGGGGGUUCCCCUUCGGCCCCGUCCUUGACAUGGACGUCAACCCCAGGACCACAGUGUUCUCCCAAGGCCUGUUAGGUUGCCAGCGUUUCAGCAGCCCAUCUCAAAACUACAGCACACUGCUCCUGGAGGAGGACAAUGGGGUGCUAUACGUGGGGGCCAGGGGGGCUCUCUAUGCCCUGGACACCACCAACAUCUCCACGCCCGGUAACCUCACGAUUGACUGGGAAGCUUCGGCCGAGCAGAUGAAGCAGUGUCUCAACAAAGGAAAAGACAAUCAGACAGAGUGUUACAAUCACAUCCGCAUCCUACAGAGGUACAAUGAGACUCACCUGUACGUCUGUGGCACGCACGCCUUCAGGCCCCUCUGUGCCUACAUAGAUGUGGAGCGCUUCAGUUUCUCCUCUGGCUUCGAGGAGGGCAGGGACAGGUGUCCCUAUGACCCAGCCAAGGGCUACACCAGCCUCCUUGUGGACGGUGAGAUGUUCUCAGCGUCCCAGUAUGAGUUCCGCAGCUCUCCGGACGUUCGUCGGAACUUCCCCUUCCCCACUCUGAGGACAGAGGAGGCUCCGACCAGGUGGCUGCUGGAGGCGGACUUUGUGGGCUCGGCACUGCUGAAGGAGAGUGUCAACAGCUCGCUCGGCGACGACGACAAGAUCUACUUCUUCUUCACGGAGAGGAGCCAGGAGCAGAUGGCCUACCCCAGCCAGACCAGGGUGGCACGGGUUGCCCGCGUCUGCAAGGGUGACUGGGGCGGCCAGAGGACCUUGCAGAGGAAGUGGACGUCCUUCCUGAAGGCUAGACUGGUGUGCUCCGUUCCUGACUACGAGCUCCACCUGAAUGUGCUGCGUAGCGUCUUCGUACUGGAGGGCCCAGACGUACACAGCACCGUCUUCUACGGGAUCUUUGGCCUGGAAUGGAAAAAUGUCAAGGUGUCUGCGGUGUGCCAGUACUCCUUCACAGAUAUUCAGAGGGCCUUCGAGGGGCCUUACAUGGAGGUGCAGGAUUCCAAAUGGAGGGAAUAUAGAGGGAAGGUUCCGGUACCAAGACCUGGCUCGUGUAUCACAAACAUACACCGGUCCCAGGGCAUCAACUCGUCCCGUGACCUCCCAGACAACGUGUUGGCCUUUGCGAGGCGCCACCCCCUGAUGUCUACACAGGUCCACCCCAUAGGAGGGCGACCCCUACUAUUCAAGAGAAGUGUCAAUUACGUCAAGAUGGCCGUGCACCGGGUGGCAGCUCUGGACGGACACGUCUACACCUUGCUCUUCUUGGGAACUGAUGAGGGCUGGCUGCACAGGGCUGUGGAGGUCGGAGGUCAAAUGCACAUCAUAGAGGAGCUGCAGCUUUUUGAGAACCCUCAGCCUGUAGACAGCAUGGUCAUCUCCCAGACACAGGGAAGUGUCUAUGUGGGCUCCAACUCUGCAGUGCUCCAGGUCCCCUUGUCCUCCUGCCAGCGCUACACGUCCUGUUUCGACUGUGUGUUUGCCCGGGACCCCUACUGUGGCUGGGACGGGAAGCUGUGUGUGGAAAUAUCCUCACGCACAAACACCUCCAAUCUAACCCAGGAUAUACAGAAAGGCAACAGAGGCUGUGACAACAGCACAGGAGCUGUAGUCCACCGCAGGCGUACGGUGAUGUCUGGGGACGACAUCCUCCUCCAGUGCGAGCUGCACUCCAACCUGGCCACGCCGCACUGGACCCUGGAUGGGCACGAGCUCCAGGGCUAUGACCUCGACUCGGGCCACCGCGUGGGCACCGACGGCCUGCUCCUCAUUGGCGCCCGGACCAACCAGAGUGGAGACUACCACUGCUACGCCGUGGAGAACGACGUGUGGGUGCCAGUGAGGCUGUACACGGUGAAGGUGCACCCUGACCUGCCCUUCCCUGUGGGGCCAACAGUCACGACGAACACUUUAUCAACCACCGCCACUACCGCCACUACCGCCCCACCAAGCCCUUCUCUUACUCCCAGCAGCCCCACCGAGCAGCCCCUGCCCUCCCCACCUGCUCCCCUCCCCUUUGGACCCGAGUUCCAGACCUACAGGCACAUGGAGGCCAUGUAUAUCUCCCUGGUGGCUGUGCUGGGCGGGCUGUGCCUGGUGCUGACCAUAGUGUUGCUCUACGUCAGCUUCUGCAAACGAGCGCCCUACCAGGGCCGCAAGUACUCCCAGGAGGGGCUGCCCGAGUCAGGGGCCGCAGCCGAGAGGAAGAAGAGCUCCCAUUCCCAUCUGGAGCUCAAGACCAUGUCCAUCCACUGCAACGGCAGGCAGGACAGCAAGCGAGGACGCCGCUCCCUGUCGGCUUCUAACGUGGACGACGUGUGCGACGGCUUCCUUCAGAUUGUGCCCGGGGGAGGGUCUCCGGGGAAGUCGCCGGCCCCUCCCGCCCCGCCUCUCCCAAUGCCGCCGCCCCUGCCCUCCUCGGCGUACGCAUCGUCAGAGUACGCCAACGGGAUGUCGGCGACAUUACCCAGUGUCCUUCGCAAGAUGAACGGCAACAGUUACGUGCUGCUGAGGCAGACGGCGGACCCCGAGGGGAGCACGUCUCCCCUCUACCACUCGUUCACCGAAGAGCUCAACCGCAUCCUAGAGAAGAGGAAGCACACACAAAUGGACCCCCAGCUGCCAGACGAGAGCUCUGUCUAGCCCCCUCCCAUCACUUUCCCAUUGAUCUGUUUAUUGGUUUAACCCAACUACCCCAGAGUUCCCCCAAGAGGCAGGGAGGUCAAACUUUUGUAUUAUACUGCUGCUGUUUACCCAGUGUCAAAGCAACCUGUGGGAGUAUCCAUACCUAAAACUCAAUGUGCAGCUUCCUGUGACUCGAGAUAGGUGCCCCACGUAAUUUCACUACUGAACAUUGGAGUAAAGAAGACUUUCUGACUUUUACCAAACUGGAGCAGUCAUUGAUAUAGUCAUGGUAACCAUUUUGGACACACAUUGUACUAUUACAUGGACCCUUUGAUUGACUUUCAAGGACUUAAGGUCACAUACAUGAUACAUAUACACAAGUUAGUUACAAUCCUACCUCAGAUCCUUACCCUAUUGGGAAAGUAGGGUCAGUGAUGGUCUGGUCAGCAGACACACUGACAGCGAGUGCUGUGGUGUAUCGUCGGACACGGGACGAUGAGAGCCCAGGUCAUAUGACCAACGACCAUGAAGUGAGAUGGUGAUGAACGUAAGACUGUGAGGAACUACCAAAUCCGGUAUGAACAUUAUAGACCAUCGUCUAAACUAUUGAGUUUGGAGAACAAUGGGUACGGUAGUUUAGUGCCAUACACGUCUAAGAUGGCUCUUAUUGACCCAGGCCUACAGAACUUCAUAUGAGAGCAAAUAUGGUUGGACAAAUAAUACAUUUCAGUCAUAACUUAAUACCACACACUUAUCUUCGUUUUCUUUUGUGCUUAUGUAAAUAGCAAUAGUAUCGCGUGGCAGCCAUCAGUAGCAACCUGUUUAAAUACUGCCAGUUGAAAUGGUUGCGCCGAAACCAUAUUGAAAUGGAACUUUUUAGCAUCUUUGUGUUGUUAGCGUCGGACUGUGUCAAAGGGGGAAAACAGCAGUAUGGAUAGACGGCAGGUUUUAUCUAAGCUUGGCGGGAUGAAGACUAUCAUUAAAGAAUGAAGACAAUCGUUAAUGACUGAUCUCUGGUCAGAUUGAUCAGAGAAACUGAGUGAUGAUGAUGUUGAUGAUGGAUCUGAUUGCCAGAGAUGUGUGAGCCCAACAGGAGACCAGAAGGCAAAGAUAUGCAAGAAGUCAGAUCACAUUGAUCUCAGAAGAGAUGGAGAAGAUGGAUGGAAGGAGUGUGUGAGGAACCCUGAUGAUCUGAGCCAAUGACUGCUCAAAAUACACAGGAGGACGAUCAGCACGUGAAAUCUCCAAUGGCAGGGGACUUGGAUAUGGUUAUUGUAGUGUGCUUACUACUUAUGGUCAAUUGGAAAAUAUGCUGGCUACUACAGUCAAAUACGCACCUCCAGUAUGCCCCCAUAAACACUGUGGAACACUUAUUUCAACAAACAUACUCGCUCACGUCACACUGUACAGACAUGACAACAUUCAAAUGGAGGUUUAGACAAAGGCCCAGUGCAGCUGUUUUUAUCUCAAUAUCAAAUCAUUUCUAGGUAACAAUGAAAUACCUUACUGUGAUUGUUUUCAGUCAAAACGAUCGAAAAGAAACAAAAAUAGCUUCUUAGCAAAGUGCAAUUUCUCAAGCAAGAAUGUUGCUAUGACUCUCGGAGUGGUCUAAGUGGGGAGGGGAAAACUAGCUGUUAUUGGCAGAGAGGUUUGGAACUCUUUCCUAUUGGUCUAUUAACUAUGACGUCACCAGGCAGGCCAAAACUCCAUCCCACCAAAAAAGGCUGAAAACUCAGGCAGGCUUUUCAAACAGCUCUUACACUAAAAGGGAAUUAUCAUAAAUUUCACAGUUUUAUUCCAACCUCAGUGUGGAAAUACAGUAUAAAUAAAACACAGAAAAAUUUAAUUAUUGACUGCACUGGGCUUUUAACUCCACAUCACCUACAGAAUACAUUUGAGUGAACAAUGACUAAAAGAUGAAUUUGCGUUAUACCUCUUUCGAGGACUUUUCUUGCUCUGUACAUAAGGAGAUUCAGUAUACCCUUGUAAAGUUACAUCCAUGUUGUGUUGUUUUCUGGUUCGAUGUAGAUAUGACUACUACUUCACAAUCUACUUAGUAUUUUAUCAGCCAUGUAAUUGGCCAUGUCAUGCGUAAUUCUUUGGGCAUCAUUGCACUUGAGGAGAAAAUACAAUUCUCAUACAAGUACCAGUCAAAAGUUUGGACACACCUACUCAUUCCAGGGUUUUUCUUUAUUUUUACUAUUUUCUACAUUGUAAAAUAAUAGUGAAGACAUCAAAACUAUGAAAUAACACAUAUAGAAUCAUGGUAACCAAAAAAAAGUGUUAAACAAAUCAAAAUUUAUUUUAUAUUUGAGAUUCUUCAAAGUAGCCACCCUUUGCCUUGAUGACAGCUUUGCACACUCUUGGCAUUCUCUCAACCAGCUUCAUGAGGCAGUCACCUGGAAUGCAUUUCAAUUAACAGGUGUUCCUCGUUAAGUUAAUUUAGGCCUCCCGAGUGCUGCAGUGGUUUAAGGCACUGCAUCGCAGUGCUAGCUGUGCCACUAGAGAUUCUGGGUUCGAGUCCAGGCUCUGUCACAGCCGGCCGUGACCGGUAGACCCAUGGGGCAGCGCACAAUUGACCCAGCGUGGUCCGGGUUAGGGGAGGGAUGCAUAGCUCUCGACCUUUGCCUCUCCCAAGUCCGUACAGGAGUUGCAUCGAUGAGACAAGACUGUAACUACCAAUUGGAUACCACGAAACUGGAGAGAAAAAGGGGUAAAAACCACAGAGUGAAGGAAAAGCAGCCAACAAGUACUCAGCAUAUGUGGGAACUCCCUCAAGACUGUUGGAAAAGCAUUCAAGGUGAAGCUGGUUGAGAGAAUGCCAAUAGUGUGCAAAGCUGUCAUUAAGGCUACGGGUGGCUACUUUGAAGAAUCAAAAAUCUAUUUUGAUUUGUUUAACACUUUUUUGGUUACUACAUGAUUCCAUAUGUGUUAUUUCAUACUUUUGGUGUCUUUAUUAUUAUUCUACAAAUGUAGAAAAUAGUACAAAUAAAGAAAAACCCUUGAAUGAGUAGGAAUGUCCAAACUUUUGACUGGUACUGUAUGUUGUAACUGUUUUGUGCAACUACCCGUAAAGGAUUAAAAAAACACUAUUUUGCAUCAGAUUGACUGGAAAUAAUCCUGUGUGUCAAUUCCCAAGGGCGAAGUCAGUACAGCACAGCAUUAUGCAAAACAUGUUCCAACGGCGUCCUUUUGUCUCGACAGCAUGACACCCUGUUGGGUGAUAAUGAUAAUCAAGGCCUUGGUCAUGUUCAUUAGGACACGCAAUGGAAAACGUUUUAUACAAUGCAAAGACCGGUAGUCCCUCCCUAUUUUAGUCUGUUUUCUUUCGUUUUGGAACCUAAUGAACACGACCCCGUUUUCUCCACAGACUGCUCAACAUAUCAUUGUGAGUAACUCACACAUAUGAUUGUGACAGGGUAUGGGGGUACAGCACAGGCUGAAAGACUGGUGGGAAAAAAAGGCAAGUCUGAGUGGCGCGUCUAGGGCCGUAACUAAGCAACAGCAAUCUUUAUUUAGAGAUUUUACACCCGUAGUGUCAGUCAAGCUCUGACAGUUCUCGUUGGGGGGGAAAAAAUGUGAUGUGAGAACUCUAAUCUGGUCAGUCUCUGCUGCCUGUAAUCGGCGUGUGAUAAUUAGCUAUGUUCAUACUAGUGGCAACCCAACUCCAAUCCAUAGAAAAAAAAACAGCAGUCUGUUCAGCAGAUGUUCUUAGAAUAACAGACUUAUCAUUUUUCACAACUUAAAUAACUUAACUAGUAUGAAGUUAAGUGGAUUCAAUUAAGGUUAACAUCAUCUCCUGUUUUAAGUCCAACCUACAUUCUGACAGGUAACCGUCAAAAAACGAACCAGAAUGAAUAGAGGCACAUUUUCACAUUUUAUGAAUUGUUGAAACUAUAAAUCUAUAACACCGACUACACAACCGGAAAAUGUAAUGCCAUUCUCUUUGGUCACCAACCAAAUUGCUAACACAUGACCACAUGACUGUAAUUGCUCUGCAGUCACAGGUACACUUCCUCUUCCCUUCCACUCUCACGAGUCACGCACCCUUUGCAUUUUACACAAUCAACCUUCGGUUUAUACUAUUUCCUUUCCUGUGACCAGUCACACGCAACCCGUCUGUAACUCAUCCAUCAAGUUCAACCAGAAAUCCUAUCACGACCCACAGCUUUGUUGUCAUCGGCAGACAAUCAACACGGAGUUCAUACAAGACAUGCUCACAGUCAAGUCGUUGGGGACCGUCACUGUUCUCUUAUUGAUGGGUAGCUGAUAGAGACGUUCAAGAGCCAUAUGUUUCUGGGUCAUUCCACACUGUUUAGAUGGUUUUGGUGAUUGGCAGACAUUUUGUGAGUUGAGAUACUGUCUGAACUGUGGUGUAAGUAAUGGCAACUUGAAACACUGCUGUUGAUGUAAAUGAGUACAUCUGCUACAUGCCAUGGAAAAUAAACAUCUCUACAAUGUU